GGGAGUCAGGGCGAGUCUGAACCGCAGACGUCGUCGAGUGUGUGAACAGGAUGCGCAUCAAUAAGAAAAGAGACCAUCGCCCCUCUCUGAACGGUUUGACGUCGGCAAACGUCCAUCGCGUCUGAUCGACAGCACGCGAGGGAGAAACCAAACGCCCCUCACCUACUCCACGUUGUUCUGAUCUACAGUAAAAAUCCAUGCUCCCCCGACGUGACCCCGCCAUGUCUGGGAAGGAGCGCAGCCCCCGCCAUCGGCCGUGGUCGGUCUACCGGGCCAACACGUUUGAUCUCUCAGCGGAGAUGAUGGGACUGGCACUCGCAGGCAACAGUCAGGAUCCAGACGAGCCAGUGCUGGAGUUCAGUGUGGCGUGCAGUGAACUGGUCACCCCGUCUCUGGACCGGAAGCCGACCAGCUUUGUCGCCGUCAGCUGCACCACGCCGCCGCAGGCCUUCUGGACCAAACACGCUCAGACUGAAAUCAUUGAGGGAACCAGUAAUCCCAUCUUCCUGAGCAGUGUAGCGUUCUUUCAGGACUCUCGGAUCACUCAGCAGACGCAGGUCAAGCUGUCUGUCUAUGAUGUGAAGGACCGCUCCCAGGGCACGAUGUACAUGCUGGGCUCGUCCAUGUUCACUGUGAAGGAGCUGCUGCAGGACAAACACCACAGGCUGCACCUGACUCUCAGGUCAGCAGAGAGUGAACGCGUGGGCAACAUCACCGUCAUCGCCUGGCAGAUAGAGGAGAAGCGCGAGCAGAGGGCGCCGGUGCCUCGACUACAGAGAGGAGACACGGUCAACGGGAGAAUGGUGCUCCCCGUUGACGAGAGCUUGACUGAGUCUGUGGGAAUCAAAUCCAAGUCUUCAUCCCUGUGUAAAGAUCCGCUGCUGAAGGCUGUGUUCGGGGGCGUGAUGUCGAGGACGUACCGCUUCCCCACCACGGACGGGAACCACCUGCGUGUCCUGGAGCAGAUGGCGGAGAGCGCGCUCUCGCUGCACAUCCCUCGACAGUUCGUCAAACUGCUGCUGGAGGAAGACGCCGUCAGGGUGUGUGAGCUGGAAGAACUGGGCGAGCUGUCACCGUGCUGGGAAAACCUCAGGAGGCAGAUCAUCACUCAGUACCAGACCAUCAUCCUCACCUACCAGGAGACCAUAAGUGACCUGCACGAGUACAAAGGUCCAUCGUUUAAGUCGAGCACCUUGAAAGCUGAGAGGAAGCUGGAGUUCAUUCCCACAAACCUGCACAUCCAGAGGAUGAGAGUCCAGGGAGAGUGUGGUUAUGACCGGACGUAUGACGUGGUGACCAUCGGCGCUCCUGCCGCUCAUCAUCAAGGCUUUAAAGGCUGCGGCCUCCGGAGGCUCCUGCACCGGCUGGAGGAGGCGAGGAAACACACGUAUGAGGAGGAGAGUCAAAGCUCUGCCGGCUCCGCCUCACCUGGAAAAGCUUAUCAGCCGCAGGACGUGGUGAAAGCAAAGGAGCUUAUUGGUCAGAUCAACACUCUGAAGACACAGGUGUGUUACUACACUGAGCGACUGUCGCGCGCUGCCAAGGAACGCUCAGCCAACGCUCUGGAGAGAACUCUGACCAUCCUCAAAGAGAAGACGCGUCAGUUAGUGACCGCGUGCGACUCCAAACUGCUCGCCUCAGCGAUCCUCUCUCUGGCAGCCGCUCGUCCGGAGUUCAGCCAGCGAAGCACCCCGUCCCCCUCCUCCUCCUCCCUCUCUCCAUCCUCUCGAUCUCCUUCCUCCCGGUCUCCAUCCCGCUCCCCUUCUCGCCACCCGACUUCUCCGUCUCGCGCCGCCACCUCGCCCUCGCGCCACUCGGCUCAUUUGGACGGCAGCGAAGGGACCAGAAACAAGCGCGCCUCCCUACAGGCGGAGCUGCAUGAGGAGGAGUGGGAGAAGGUCUGGUUAAAUGUUGACAAGAGCCUGGAGUGUGUGAUCCAGAGGGUGGACCAGCUGCUGCAGCGAGACAAGCUCCAGAGUGACAGUAGCUCUGAGGACGUCUUCCUCAUGGCCAACGAGGAGCCAAAUAACACGAAGAAAGAAAAGAGUCCAGAAUCAGAAAAGAAGUCUCCAGGUGAGUGGAGCGACGCUCUCUAUCCUCUCCUCACCACACUCACCGACUGCGUCUCCCUGAUGAGCGACAAAGCCAAGAAGGCCAUGGUGUUCCUGCUCAUGCAGGACAGCGCCCCCACCAUCGCCAUGAGUCUCACGCUGCAGUACCGCCGCGAUGUCGUCUUCUGCCAGACGAUGACGGCUCUGAUCUGCGGCUUCAUUCUCAAGCUGAGGAACUCUCUGUGUGACUCCGGCUUCCUCAGGCAGCUUCACACCAUCGGCCUCCUGGUGCAGUACGAGGGUCUCCUCAGCACCUACGGAGAGGAGCUGGCCAUGCUGGAGGACAUGAGCGUCGGGGUGAUGGACCUGAGGAACGUCACCUUCAAAGUCACGCAGGCGACCUCGAGCUUUGCCCCAGACAUGCUGCCGGUGAUCACGGGGAACCGGAACGGCUUCAACGUCAGAGUUCCAAUGCCCGGGGCGAUGUUUGACUCACUGCCGCGAGAGAUCCAGAACGGCAUGCUGCUGCGCGUGCAGCCCAUCCUGUUCAACGUGGGGAUCAACGAACAGCAGACGCUGGCUGAGAAGUUUGGAGACACAUCUCUGCAGGAAGUGAUCAACAUGGAGAGCAUGACUCGCCUCAGCUCGUACUACGACCAGUUUAAAGAAGUCCUGCCAGAAGACUGCCUCCCUCGCUCCUGCAGCAGCAUCAGUCCGCCUGAGCUGCUCAAACUGCUGAGCCAAAAUGUGAGCGCCAAGAAAAGCAAGAACGUGGAGAUUCUGUGGCAGGCAGCAGAGGCAUGUCGCCGCCUGAACGGCGUGCGCUUCACCUGCUGUAAAAGCGCCAAGGACCGCACUGCCAUGUCUGUGACUCUGGAGCAGUGUCAGCUCCUGCAGCAGGAGCACGCUCUGGCCCCGCAGGUCUUCUACCAGGCUCUGGACUGUAUGCGCAGCGAGGGCUGCAGGAGAGAGAACACCAUGAAGAACGUGGGAUGUCGCAAAUACGCCUUUAACGCUCUGCAACUCAAGGCCUUCCCCAAACAAUAUCGCCCUCCAGAGGGCACAUACGGGAAAGUGGAGACCUAAGUGGACACUGGAGGAAACCAAAAGACUGAUGAUGGAACAGGACACUGAUGCCGGGCGCCGCACAAAGAAAAAUAGCAACAUCCGCCCUUUGUUUUGUGCUUAGUCAGUGUAAAGAUGAUUAAUGUCCAAGUGCCAGUGCUGCUGUAGGUUGUUUUAUAGCGGUUUCCCACUCUUUCUCUCUUUUCUCAGUAGUGCUAGAGCAACACAGUUUUCACGGCCACUUCACCGCCAAACACAGCGCAGUGUCACGUCGUAGCCGUUGUGCAGACACCAGCGUCAGCUGUGGGGACCAUCGGGACGUGUACAGCCACUCUGGACACCGGCCACUCUUCCCUCCUAGAAAAUAAGAUGAGCAAAUGUCUCGUUCUUCAGAGAGAUGAUGGGGACUAAAGGGGACGGAUAUAUGUGUUUGACUACUUUUUUUAAAAAAGAAUCUGAGGCACUUAAGAGGGUCGAUGAGUUAAAGUUAAGCCUUUUAAUAUUUCAUGAAUCAUAAUCAUAUCAGCAGUAAAAACAUGCCGACACGUUUCAUCAGGGCAGACAACCCAGCGGCGGCUAGCGAUUAUUUUCAUAAUCGAUUAAUUUGUCGAAUAUUUUCUCGAUUAACCGUUUGGUCCAUAAAAUAUCAGAAAACCUUAAAAAAUGUUGAUCGGUGUUUGUUAAACCUGGAAAUGAUGACGUUCUCAAAUGUCUUGUUUUGGCCACAAACUAAAAUGAUGAACUUUUAAUGAUUGCUUUGUUAUCCAGAGCAAAGAAAUUAAGAAAAUAUUCACAUUUAAGACGCUUAAACAAUCGAAAAUCUUGUUUUAAUCAUGAAAAAAGCUUCAAACCAAUGAAUCGCUUAUCAAAAUAGUUGUCGAUUCAUUUAGUAAUCGAUUAAUAAUCGAUUAGUCGUUUCAGCUCUAGUUUUUAUACAAAUACGUUCAAAUAAGCCACGGCUAAUUGUAAAGACACAGCCCUGCGAAGACACGCCCACUUGAUGCUCAUUGGUUCACAGACACUACGGUGUGUAAACGUGGGUGGUGGGUGUGUUUUAGGAUUUCCAACUCAGAAAGUCAGUUUUUAUAUCGCUAACAAUGGCCAAUAAACCCGACCCUGAGAUACGUUUGCAUUAGGUCAUGAUUAUGGAAUCAUUUUUAAGUCGGUUAGUGUGGUGUGACUUUUACGUUGACAUAUAAAAGGGAAUUUCCCAUAUUUUCAUAGGAGCCACUGUGUUGUUGUCAGCAUCAGAUCUGACGAGAAGGGACUAGAAAUAAAACCUUUUCUGUGUCACAGAACGCAGUUUUAAGAUCAUUAAAGGUGAGAAAUUGGUCAUUUAGAAUUUAAAAAUGUGGUUUAAUGAAUCAAGAUCUGACAUAAUUGUAGUUUGGCAGCGACGUUGCCUCGCUGGCUCAGAACUUAAAAAAGUAAAAUACAUUUUCUCUGUGAUGGAACACAGUUUUUAGGUCAUUUUGAAUUUAAAAAUGUGACUUAUUUAUAGUUUUGCAGCGAGGUGGUACUGGCCUGGUGCUCGACACUCACACUGGCCCGGCACAGAGCAGCGUACCUCACAGCCUUUCCUGUUGAAAUUAGGAAUUCAAAAUAGCUUUUUUUUAGUCAUUAUUUGACCAAUUAAAAACAACUUUCAAAUAGUGUUUUUGUAUGGAAUGCCCAUCCCAGCUUCCGACCUCCGACGUAAAUGGAACACAACUCUAAGGUCGAUGAUGUUGGCAUGUUUUUACUAUCGUUUUCCACGUUGUCUCAGAUUUUUCUGGAUUACCCAAACUGAAGAGCAGCAGACGGACUGCUUUUUGCCCUAACCUGAUUUAUUCCAGUGCUUUCAUCAUGUCGUCCAUUGUCUCUCCCGUCCUCUCAUCUGCCGUCUUCAAUCACAUAGACGCUGGACUCUCUCUGCACAACAAGCACACAUCUUUAUAAGCGACACACGUGACACUGCUUCACUGGUGUUUGGAAGAGAUUCAUGUGCGUCGAUGGAAAACUAAUCCACACAUUUUGCGCUGCAGAAGAAGAAUUCACGUACAUGAACAGACGUCCACAAUAUUUGGAUUGGAUGUUUUUUUUUGUCCACUAUCGCUAAACACAGAACUUUGUGAUUAAAAUUGGAUAAUUAUUGAUUUAACCUGCAUGAAGAUGAAAAACAUCCCCACUACUUAUUAUUGCAGUUGUAUGAUACACUUGAUACAUGUUUUUAGACUGAAGGGACAUCAGGCAUAUUGCAAGAUCUCCUCUGGUGUCAGUUAUUGUACCUUAUUGUACAAAGAUCACAGAGACAGUGGACUUUAUUUUAAAGAUGUUAUUUUGCUUACAGUGUUUACGUUGACGAGGCUGUUGUUCUUUUAAAUGCUCUGAUAGUUUUAUUUAAUGGUAUCGACUUUAAAGUUCUGACCUGGUUCUGAUCGGCUGCAUUAUGCUCACAGGUGGGACGGGGCUGUGAAGGAGAUCCCUGCUCCUCCUCAGAGUUACUGUAUAUGACCUGAAACUGGAUAAUGAAUAAAGGCUUGUUGG